UUUACAUCAUCUAACUUGUAUAUCCUACCAAAACAAAAAAAAUAGAAAAUUAUUUUCAAAUUUAAAUUAGGGAAGGAAAUUAAAAAAAUGGAUCAGCAUUGUCGGUUUUGUGGAGAAAAAAGGGAAAAUCUUUCCUCAAUUGAGGAUCUUGAUUUACGUAUUGUUGUUUGGUUAUCUAAAAUUAUAGAUCUUAGAGAAGAGAAUUUACCCAACAAUAUCUGUUAUACAUGUUUGUGCACAAUUGAAGAUAUAAACCAUUUCAUAUCCAAAAUUUUGAAAACUUAUGAGAGCUUUAAAAAUGAGAUAUUUGCCCUGGAAACAGAAAGACAUCAAAAUGACGAAAACACAAGUUUGAUGAGUUCGUAUGAAAAAGAGGUAAUGAAUGAAGAAUACUUGCUCGACAAUGAAAACAAUAUGGACGAAGUAAAUCAUUUUUUGCUCGAUAAUAAUGAAAUCAUUUCUUGUCAAAAGAGACCAGAUACCGAGAAACUUCUGAAACCUACCCAAACUUAUAUCUGUUCUUUAGAACUAAAUACGACUGCAGAAAAGCCAACACAUUCGGCUAUACAUGAUAAGAAAAAAGAUGUAAAUAAAUUCAAUUAUAAAUGUAGAUUUUGCGAGUUUGAAUGCAAUGAUCGUGAAAAAAUUGCUUUUCAUAUGAAGGCAGAUCAUUUAAAUAAUAACAAAAAUGCUCUCUUUAAAGAUUUAUUAGCUAUAGUUGUUGAUCAAAAAACCCUUACGAAUAACUCAAACAAAAACCCUAAUAUAAAUUUCGGAAGCUGUACUGAAAAUUUAGUGAAUAUUAGUAGUACCAUUGUUGGAGAAAUUAAUAAUGUAAGCAAUGGAAGCAAAACCAAAUCAAUAAAUUUUGAAAAUGGCAUCGAUUAUAUGAAGUUGCUCAAUCUGGCCGAUGUUUAUGAAUGUAAAAUAUGUAAAAUAAACUUUUCAAAGAAAAUAUCGUUUAAUAAGCAUUGGGAUGCAAUUCAUUUAACUAGAGAAGAAAAAGAAUUAAGAAAAGAAAAACGCAAAAGUCGAGAUCAAUAUUUGUGUCCAGAAUGUGGAAAAAGUUUACCUACCGCUUUCAAAUUAGAUUAUCAUAUAAGAAUGCAUAAAAACGAUCGAAGAUAUAAAUGUAAUUUGUGUCCAAAAUCGUAUUUUUCUAAAAGCCAUUUGGAAGUACACUCUAAUAGCCAUUCAGGGCAAGUGAUCGAAAAGAUGUAUCUAUGUGAAAUUUGUCGCAGGAAAUGUCGAACGCCUAGUGAGCUUAAAAUUCAUCAGAGAUUUCAUCUCAAGGAAAGACCCUUCAGCUGUAAUUAUUGCCACAAAGCAUUUUACUUAAAAAGUCAUUUACAAUCUCAUAUAAAUGGACAUAUGAAUGAACACACAUAUGUGUGUACAGAACCUAGUUGUACUCUCUCUUAUAGAGACAAAAAUGCUUUUAGACGACAUAAAGAUUCACAUGUGCCUGAUAUAGAAAAACAUUUUGAAUGUGAUGUGUGUAGAAAGAAAUUUUCAACUUUUGGGAUUUUAAAAGAUCAUCGAAGGAAAUCUCACAGCAGAAAACACAAACAAAAUCCGUUAAUUGAAAACAACUUCGCAGAAAAUUUUAAUGAAUAAUUUGGUAUUAACUUUUAUAAAGUCUAUAAAAUAAUCGUAGGAUUUACUUUUGAGUUUAUG